CGAGCGGUCCUCCCCGGCACCGCCCGAAGCCCUCUGAGAGGCCGAGGCCCGCCGAGGUCGUCCGAGACAGUCCGAGGUCCUCCGAGAGGCCGAGCCCCGCCGAGACCCUCCGAGAGACCGAGACCCGCCGAGGCCCUCCGAGAGACCGAGCGCGGCGGGGCCCGGGCGGCGGGCCGACCGGGCGGGAAGAUGAAUUUGCAACUGGUUUUCUGGAUUGGACUGAUCAGCUCAAUUUGUUCUGUAUGCGGCCAAGCAGAUAAAAAUAGAUGUUUAAAAGCAAAUGCCAAAUCUUGUGGAGAAUGUAUACAAGCAGGGCCAAAUUGUGGGUGGUGCACAAAUUUGACGUUUCUACAAGAAGGAAUGCCAACUUCUGCACGAUGUGAUGAUUUAGAAGCCUUAAAAAAGAAAGGUUGCCACCCAAAUGACAUUGAGAAUCCCAGAGGCUCCAAAAAUAUAAAGAAAAAUAAAAAUGUCACCAACCGCCCCAAAGGGCUGGCAGAGAAGCUCCAGCCUGAAGACAUCACUCAGAUCCAACCACAGCAGCUGGUUUUGCAGCUUCGAUCAGGGGAGCCACAGAAGUUUACAUUAAAAUUCAAGAGAGCUGAAGACUAUCCCAUCGAUCUCUACUACCUUAUGGACCUCUCCUAUUCUAUGAAGGAUGAUCUGGAGAAUGUGAAGAGUCUAGGGACGGAUCUCAUGCGCAAAAUGGAGACGAUUACUUCAGACUUCCGAAUUGGAUUUGGCUCCUUUGUGGAGAAAACUGUGAUGCCAUACAUUAGUACAACCCCAGCAAAGCUCAGGAACCCUUGUACGAGUGAGCAAAACUGCACCAGCCCAUUCAGCUACAAAAAUGUGCUCAAUCUUACUGCGAGAGGAGAUUAUUUCAAUGAACUUGUUGGUAAACAGCGCAUAUCUGGAAACUUGGAUUCUCCAGAAGGUGGUUUUGAUGCAAUCAUGCAGGUUGCAGUUUGUGGAUCACUGAUUGGCUGGAGAAAUGUAACACGGCUGCUGGUGUUUUCCACUGAUGCUGGGUUUCACUUUGCUGGAGAUGGGAAACUUGGUGGCAUUGUUUUACCCAAUGAUGGACAAUGUCACCUGGAAGAUAACAUGUACACAAUGAGCCAUUACUACGAUUACCCCUCCAUUGCUCACCUUGUCCAGAAACUGAGUGAAAAUAACAUUCAAACUAUUUUUGCAGUCACUGAGGAAUUUCAGCCUGUUUACAAGGAAUUGAAAAAUCUGAUUCCUAAGUCAGCAGUGGGCACCCUCUCUGCAAACUCUAGUAAUGUCAUCCAGUUGAUCAUCGACGCGUACAAUUCCCUUUCUUCAGAAGUCAUUCUGGAAAACAGCAAAUUGCCAGAAGGAGUAACAAUAAGCUACAAAUCCUACUGCAAGAAUGGGGUGAAUGGAACUGGAGAAAAUGGGCGGAAGUGCUCCAACAUUUCCAUCGGUGAUGAGGUUCAAUUUGAAAUUAGCAUAACUGCAAAUAAAUGCCCAAAUAAGGAUUCUGAAACCACCAUUAAAAUUAAGCCUCUGGGCUUCAAUGAAGAAGUUGAGGUCAUUCUUAAGUUCAUCUGUGAGUGUGACUGCCAGAGCAGAGGCAUCCCGGAAAGCCCCCAGUGCCACGAGGGGAAUGGGACAUUUGAGUGUGGGGCCUGCAGGUGUAAUGAAGGGCGUGUUGGGAGGCACUGUGAGUGCAGCACGGACGAAGUGAACAGUGAAGACAUGGAUGCUUACUGCAGGAAGGAAAACAGCUCAGAAAUAUGUAGCAACAAUGGAGAGUGUGUCUGCGGACAGUGUGUUUGUAGGAAGAGAGAUAAUACAAAUGAGAUUUACUCUGGCAAAUUCUGCGAGUGUGAUAAUUUCAACUGUGAUAGAUCCAACGGCUUAAUUUGUGGAGGAAAUGGUAUCUGCAGGUGUCGUGUGUGUGAAUGUUUUCCCAAUUACACUGGCAGUGCAUGCGACUGUUCUCUGGACACUACUCCAUGCAUAGCAUCAAAUGGCCAGAUCUGCAAUGGCCGGGGCAUCUGCGAGUGUGGCGUUUGUAAGUGUACAGAUCCCAAGUUUCAAGGGCCAACCUGUGAGACGUGUCAGACCUGCCUUGGGGUCUGUGCUGAGCAUAAAGAAUGUGUUCAGUGCAGAGCCUUCAAUAAAGGAGAAAAAAAGGACACCUGUGCUCAGGAAUGCUCACACUUCAACCUCACCAAGGUCGAAAGCCGGGAUAAGUUGCCCCAGCCAGUGCAGGUUGAUCCCGUGACCCACUGCAAGGAGAAGGACGUGGAUGACUGCUGGUUCUACUUUACCUACUCGGUGAAUGGGAACAACGAAGCCAUUGUUCAUGUUGUGGAGACUCCAGACUGUCCUACUGGUCCAGACAUCAUUCCAAUUGUAGCUGGUGUGGUUGCUGGGAUUGUUCUUAUUGGCUUGGCCUUGCUGCUGAUUUGGAAGCUUUUAAUGAUAAUCCACGACAGGAGGGAAUUUGCUAAAUUUGAAAAGGAGAAAAUGAAUGCCAAGUGGGAUACGGGUGAAAAUCCUAUUUACAAGAGUGCCGUGACAACUGUGGUCAAUCCGAAGUAUGAGGGAAAAUGAGUCCUGUGGGCAGCUCUCUCAACACCGAGCUCACUGCACUGCAGCAUUGUCUUAGUCACAGUAGGGUAGCUUCCGGGCUCUGUGGCCACGGGUUUGUUCACCUGCAGGGUUUGAAAAUGUACAAUAUGUAUAAUUUUUUAUUUUUUAUUAUUUUGAAGAUAAUGUUCUAAUCCAUGCCAGGGACUGACAGAAGACUUGAGACAGGAUUUUUAUCCUUGUCAGCUGAGGUCACAGUGUGCCUUUUUGACCUUUCCUUCUGGACCAUCGGAAUCUAACUCUUAUGCAUCACAUCCAGCGACAAUGCCAGGGCGAUCUCCGGGCGAGGGCUGAAGCAGUGGCUUGAGGAGAAUGCAUUACGACCGAUUCUUAGCUCUUAUGCAGAGAGUACAGUCCUGCUGGCUGGGCAAGGGUUGUUUAAACCUGUGAUCUUGCUAUCUGCCCACUGGGUAUGACUGAUGACAUAUCUGAAAGACAGGCAUGUUGACAGUUUCCAAUUAAAAUAAUUUUGACACAGUUGGUUUACAAAGGCCGUGAGAAAAUUCAUUGAGUUAGGAAGGAAAAAUUUAGCUUUAAACCUGUGUGCCAUCGUGAGAGUUACUUCACUUUGGUAACUUCUCUGCCUUCUCUUCAUAGAUCCAGGCUUGGAUAAAGACUCCCGAUUUAGCACUAUUCACACAAAGGCCAUAAUUUUCAUAGCCUUUGCUAAAUGCGGACCUUUUGAGUUGAGUUUGUUUUACUUUAUUUUUGUUUACUUCCUGGUGCUCUUUAUUGCCUCCUCUAAUCCUUUAAUGUGUGUUUGCAAUUUGUGGGUAAGACUUUUUAUCAAUACUUUUUCUUUAACAUUUUGGUUGUACAUUUGCCUUUUUCACAAACACUCAAAGUCGUCAUGAGCUGUCCUGUGGCUGUGUGCCUACAGCUCCUGAGUAGUGCUCCCUCAGCAGUGCCUGGGCAGUGCUCCCCCAGCAGCACCUCAACCACUGUGCAUCGUCUCCGUGCGCCUGUGCUCGCUCUGUCUCACUAGUCACAAUCUUGUUUUAAGUGCCUUUUAAUUUUGACAGUUCACUUUUUACAACGCUAUUUACUGAAGUUAUUUAUUAAAAUAAAAGGCCUAAAAUA